AUGAUGAAGGCGGCGCAGCAGGGCGGAGGGGGCGGCGGAGGCGGCGCGGGGGGCGGGCACAUGCUCGGCAACCCACCCCACACCCCCGGCCUCCAGGGGGGCCCCUCCAGCCCCCAGCCCCCGGGCAGCAUCCUAGGAGCGUUGAAAUAUUUGUUCAGUAUUACUCCUCGCCAUAUACAAAGGGAAUCGGUGAAGUCCAAGAAUCGCCUGGAAAGCGCAGGCCUUAAUGCUUGGCCAGUUCGUAGAAGCCUCUCGAGCGGGUCGCAGCACUCGCCGGGCGGGUACCUCGGAGGCCACGUCGGCGGCACGCCCACCCCCAGCUCGACCCCCGUGUCGGACAUGUCGCCCCAGCCAGGCCACGGGGGCAGCCCCCCCGGCCCCUGGGAGAUGAAGCCGCCCCCCCAUCACCACCCCCACCACCACCCCCCGGCACCGCCCUACAUGCCGCAGUACUCAUGGUACCAAGCGGCCGAGCCCAAUCCUGGCCUUUUAACGUGA